AUGGCGUGGGGCCGCGAGGUCCGCGCCAGAGACCUCCUGGAGGUGCUGCACUCGCAGCAGCCGCGCCUGGCCCCCAUCCAGCUGCCGGGCUUCGAGCACAGCCCGCAGACGUGGGACCGCGCCAAGCUGGGGCUGGACUGCGACGAGGUGUACCCGGACAUUUUCAUCGGCGACGCGGCCACGGUGAGGGACAAGCAGUACUUGAAGGAGAUCCGCAUCACGCACGUGGUGAACUGCGCCGAGGGCCGCCGCGGGGGGCAGCUCAACGUGAACGCGUGGUACUACCAGGACGCCGACAUCAAGUACCUGGGGCUGCCCGUCGAGGACCUGCCGUCGUCCAACAUCGAGGACUACUUCCACUGCGCCGCCCAGUUCAUAGACUGCGCCUUGUACAACGGCGGUCGCGUGUUCGUCAACUGCAUGAUGGGGGUGUCGCGGUCGGCCACCAUCGUCAUGGCCUUCUUGAUGCUGCGGAGGGGCAUGUCGGCGGAGGAGGCGGUGCGCGCGGUGCGUCGUCGGCGCGGCGUCUGGCCGAACGCCGGCUUCCUGCACAAGCUGGCCAACCUCCACAACUACAUGCGUCGGCAGCGCUGUCCGCAGGGCAGCCACUUCUUCGUGCCCUUGCCCUACGCGUCCAUCGGGGCGCCCAUGGCCCAGCCGUGAUUUGAAAUUUAAAACAAACCGUACUGUGUUCCACGAGCAAGCCACAGCAAACGAAUAGCCGGAAUAAAAAUGAAGGUUCCACCGA